AAGAUGAGACGUAUAGAAAUACCACUUUGAACUGUCCGCCAAGCGGGACUCAGGAAACACCAUACAUGGAUAAGGCCAUGUAACCAAGCUAAAACCCACAGAAAAUAUGCCCCAGAAAAUAAUUGAAAUGGUCAGUUUUAUAUCACCAAAUCCCUCUCUUUCCAUUUACUCACAAAAAUUCCACCCCUAAAAUCCUAAUUUUUAUUCAUAGUUCAUGGAGUCUGAGAGGAACCAAUCUGGGAUUGUCAACAAUUCUGCAAGGCAAACUCAAAACAUCAGAAAAAUCUUGAUUUAUCUGCACCAAGUUCCUCUCUUUUGAAUUACAACCCUACAACACAGAAACAAUUAACCCCAAAAAACCAAACUUUAAGAUUCUUGAGGUUGCCCUCUGGGAUUCUCUGAGCAAACUGAGAAACUGAGCAAAAGGGUAGCUUAGUUGUGGAGUCUGCAUGAGUGGGCAAGAACCCAACUGGGAUUUGAAGCUUUGGAGCCAGCAGAAUCAAUGGCUUUGGGUUGCGGUUGCGGGGUUACUCUCUCACAGUAUUAUCUCUCCAAUUCAUCUACUAGCUUAUUUUCUGCUUGCCGUGCUUCUGUUUUAUCGAGGCAACCAAGGCCUUCCUCUCGAAUUCGCUAUCGAAUCGAUUCUCGCAGGUGGUUGGGUUUGAGGCACCUAUCUGUGGGCUCUCAGAGCAGAUUCGACAGUUUUAGUUCAAGGUGCUCAAUAACCAACACCGAUGCACACUUCAGCCACGUGGCUACUGACAAUGAGGUCCAGGAGGAAUCAUCCAUUGCAGAGCCUGGUUGCUCUAGUUGCUCGGUCCCAAUUGUUGAUAUGCUGGACACUGAAUCUUUGAGUUUACUAACUGAAGAUACUUAUGUAGAUUGUCUUUUGACGACACUGCCAGUUUUAUCAAAAGAGGAGCAACAUACACUUGCAGCUACUCCAGCCCAUCCAAUGGGAUUAUAUGCUUUUUAUGCUAGUUGUCUAGCUGGAAAUUUAGUGGAGCAAUUUUGGAAUUUCGCUUGGCCCUCUGCUAUCGCAUUGAUAUAUCCAAGCCUUCUACCGGUGGCGUUCAUAGGUUUCUUUAGUAAGCUUGCGAUAAUUGCUGGAGGCCCCUUAGUUGGCACACUUAUGGAUCAUUUCCCCAGAGUACCUGCGUGUAACUGUCUUAAUAUUAUCCAGGCAGCUGCUCAGUUGUUAUCUGCAGCGAUGAUAAUCCAUGCGCAUUGUGUUCCUCCUUCUGCGUCAUCCCUUCUUCACCGCCCUUGGUUCAUUGUACUUGUACUAGCUGGGGCUGUAGAGAGGCUAUCUGGUGUCGCAUUGGGGGUCGCUAUGGAGCGUGAUUGGGUGGUGCUGUUGGCAGGAGUGAACAGGCCUAUUGCGCUUGCCCAAGCAAAUGCUGUUCUUUAUCGAAUUGAUCUUCUUUGUGAGAUUGCUGGUGCAUCCCUAUUUGGCAUUCUUCUAUCAAAGUAUGACCCAGUAACAUGCUUGAAAUUUUCGGGAGGUUUGAUGGUGUGGUCGUUGCCUUUUGCCAUUGUUCUCACAUGUUUGACCAACAAGCUUUCUAGCGGGGUUCUUGACCGCCCAAAAUGUUCGCAAACUUGUUGUAGAACAUCCACUGAAGUAUCUCUGUUUGAUACCAACGACAUAGUGGAUAAAGGUGUGGCAGCUAUUAAACUUGGAUGGAAGGAGUACAUGCAGCAACCAGUUCUUCCUGCUAGCCUAGCAUAUGUGCUGCUCUAUUUUAAUGUUGUACUCACUCCAGGCAGUUUGAUGACAGCAUUUUUAACGCAAAGUGGUCUAAAUCCAUCUAUUAUUGGGGGUUUUAGUGGACUAUGUGCUUUUAUGGGUGUUGCAGCGACAUUUGUGUCUGCAAGCCUCGUCAGGCGACUUGGCAUCUUAAAGGCAGGAGCAGCUGGAUUAAUAUUUCAAGCUUCACUUCUCACCGUUGCUGUUGCUGUUUAUUGUAGUGGAUCUUCCUCCCAGCAGAGGCCCCUUCUAUUCUUCUUGUGUUUGAUUGUAUUAUCAAGGCUGGGGCACAUGUCAUACGAUGUUGUGGCAGCACAGAUUCUUCAAACUGGGAUUCCAUCGUCCAAAGCAAAUAUUAUCGGCACAACAGAAGUUGCUGUUGCUAGUCUGGCAGAGUUUACAAUGUUGGGAAUUGCAAUAAUCGCCAAUGACGUGUCACAUUUUGGCUUUCUAGCAGUUCUAUCACUCCUAUCAGUGGUUGGGGCGGCGUGGAUGUUCUGCCGAUGGUUGUUGAAUCCAACAGAUGAGCAAAGAAGUCUUUUCUCUUUCGAUGCUCGGUGUCAAUAAUUUGAUUUUUACUUUCUGUGGCCCUGGUGCAAAGGCUGUUCUACGUUAUUCAGAAUCAAGAUAUAGCACUACCUUUUACAAUGCCCAUGUUUUUCUAUCAAUAGUACAGUGAGGUAUAUUUUGUCGCUCAUGGUCGCAGUUCAUGUGUUUUAUUGGCUGUAGUGUAGAAUCUGUAACGCGCCUUUGAAUAAUAUCUUUGUUCAUACGUUUUAUUGGUCGCAGUUCAUGCGCUUAUAUAGCUACAGCUGGCUCAACUUUGUACAUACAUUUUGAAACAUUUGUAAAGCAUUGAAUUUAUUCAAAAUCUUUGUUCCCUGGCAAUCAUGCUUU